AUACCAUACCCCCCCUCCCACUCCCAAGUGAAGGUCCCAAAGGCCAAAAUUCCAAUCUUCAGAGCACGAAUCUGAAAGCAAACAUGGCGGCGGCCGCCGAGCUCUCCCUGAUCAAGCCGGUCAAUCCCAUCCGUCCAUUCGGCAGACCAGUUGUUAGGCACCCUCAUCUCAAAUUCCGCAUUGCCGCCGCCGCCGCUGCUAUGGCCCCCCAGAAGCCGAAGAAGGCGGGGAAGACGUCGAUAAAGGAGACGCUGCUGACGCCGCGGUUCUACACGACGGACUUCGACGAGAUGGAGCGGCUGUUCAACACGGAGAUCAACAAGAAGCUGAACCAGGCGGAGUUCGAGGCGCUGCUCAACGAGUUCAAGACGGACUACAACCAGACCCACUUCGUCCGCAACCCGGAGUUCAAGGCCGCCGCCGACAAGAUGCAGGGCCCGCUCCGGGAGAUCUUCGUCGAGUUCCUCGAGAGGUCGUGCACCGCCGAAUUCUCCGGCUUCUUGCUCUACAAGGAGCUCGGAAGAAGGUUAAAGAAAACCAAUCCAGUAGUAGCUGAGAUAUUCUCCCUCAUGUCCAGGGAUGAAGCAAGGCAUGCAGGGUUUCUGAACAAGGGUCUCUCUGAUUUCAACUUGGCACUGGAUUUGGGCUUCUUAACGAAGGCUCGGAAGUACACAUUCUUCAAGCCCAAGUUCAUCUUCUACGCGACGUACCUGUCCGAGAAGAUCGGUUACUGGAGGUACAUCACCAUUUUUCGGCACCUCAAGGAGAACCCGGAGUACCAAUGCUAUCCGAUCUUCAAGUACUUCGAGAACUGGUGCCAGGACGAGAACCGGCACGGCGAUUUCUUCUCCGCGCUGCUCAAAGCGCAGCCGCAGUUCCUCAACGACUGGAAGGCAAAGCUGUGGGCUCGAUUCUUCUGCCUCUCGGUGUACGUGACGAUGUACCUUAACGAUUGCCAGCGUACUGCUUUCUACGAAGGAAUCGGUCUCAACACCAAAGAAUUCGACAUGCAUGUCAUCAUUGAGACCAACCGCACGACUGCGAGGAUAUUCCCGGCCGUCUUGGACGUCGAGAACCCCGAAUUCAAGAGAAAAUUGGAUCGGAUGGUCGAGAUCAACCAGAAGCUGGUAGCAGUCGGGGAGACCCAAGACAUUCCCCUUGUGAAGAACCUGAAAAGGAUUCCGCUUAUUGCGGCCUUAGUUUCCGAGAUCAUCGCGGCUUAUCUCAUGCCCCCGAUCGAAUCAGGAUCGGUCGACUUCGCUGAAUUCGAACCGCAGCUUGUUUACUGAUUCCUUUGUCAAUUGGAGACAUCUCCUACUUAAUCUUCUGUAAUUUGAUAGUCUUUUCUACUGAAGAAAACUUGUACCAAAAUUGAGUAAGGUAGUGACUUAAAAAUGAGUGUGUUCUUGCGCUUCGAUUUUGGUGUAAAGGAAUGAGAGUGUCGACAAUGCAAGAUCAAGAUCAGCUUGAGUGCUUCUUAAACUUUUAAUUAUCAA